AUGGCCCCAUCAGAUGAACAGAAGAAACGGCCCAGCACAAACGGAGCACCUGAAGGUUAUCCGGUUGAACCUUCGUACACUGGAUCCGUACCCGAAUCAGCUUUAAUUCCUGAUAACCUACGCACAAGCUCUAAACCAGAGGAGCGAGGCAGACCCACUCAUCGAAACUCAGACCGUAAUCGCAGCACCAGCGGCCUUUCUGCUCCUUUACGUGAGAGCCAAGGUGCGGGCCAAGUGCGAGGCUUCAGCAAUAGUCACACAUGCACAGGGUGCCCACAGCCACGCAAUUCCGACGAGGUAGGAGGAGCCCAGACCACAGUUUCUGAUCCUGAGCGGCAGUCUCCAUCGUCAACAUCCGCGAACAGGUCUUCUACAGAUGACAACAAUGACAAACGCGACCAAGGCUUCAUGCUGGAGGAUUUCAUGAUAGACAUGUUCCUUACGCAACAACGCGCUCGCCUUGAAAAUACCCCCGUGUAUCGGGUUGUGUCCUGGUUGCCAGAGUAUUCCGCUUAUGGGCUUCAACUCUAUCACGACCCGGCCGGGAGGGCGCCCUUGUGGAUUAUGCGCAACUGGGCUGAGAUUCGGCUGUACAGCGAUGCGGUCGCCGACGAAAGGUCAGAGGAGAGUGACUGA